UCAUUCUAUUGUUAUUGCAGUCGUCUGCGUUUAGCUGUUAAAGAUACAGGCAUGUCUUCCUUACCAAAGUCAGACCGUCGUUUACUUCGGCAGAAAAUGGUAAAAAACAAAGUACGUCUCCUCAAUUUUUACCUGUACCACGGGAGGGACUUUCUUCAGGAGGUUUUGGAGGUGUACACGUCCCCAGCGCUUCUGUAUGAAGAACUCGUCGAAUCAGACUAUUACUCAGGUCUUUCCCUAGCUGACCAGGAAGCGCUCUAUUCGAUCAAAGAUGACAACACAUUUUCCGACCUGGAGUUAGAGCAGACUUUUUAUCUUUUGACCAGGUUUACACGGAUAAAACAACCCCUCUGUGGUUGGUGUGGACAGUGUCGGGUACAGGGUCUAAAAAGCGACCAUAUUGGUGAAAACCUGGAGAAAUUUAUGUCACUAUGGAACCUUGUCAACAAAUCAAAUUUCAUGGCAGAUGAAAUUUAUGAGGAAAGUUUGCAGAGUCUGAAAACUUUAGGAGACAAUGUUUCAUCAUUUUUUGCCUUUGGGAAAUCAUUCAGAGAAUCUAUGAACCGAGAGUUACAAGAUGAUGGUACAGAUAUUCAGAUUGUGUCAUGUGGCAAAGACGUUAGCAUACAAAUUGGCCAGAACAAUAAAUGCAUUAUGAACGUGGAAGUUUUUGACCAUUUGCAAAGUCAGGAAGAAUCAGGGAAUACAGAGGCUGAAGAUGAUCUAGUUAAGAUGAUCCUUCACUUGAACACAACAUCUACAUCCGGGCUAUACGUUGCCCGUAUAGAGGAACGUAUUCUUCGGUCGUUAUCCGGAGAACAAUUGCUAGAAAUCAACAAAGUUCUACAGGAAAAGUUUGGUGUCCAAAUUGUGGUUUCGAGAAAAGGAUGUGUUGUUCUCGUACUACGCAAAAUGAAACCAAUAUCUCAGAAUCUAAUGGACAAAGGUGUUCUGAGAGAAUUCGUGUCGAUCUUAUUUAAACUAGUUGGAUUUUCCAAUGACAAUCUCUCAAAGAUUAACGUUCAGGUUGAUCUGACACUGGGGAAUUCUGCAGACGUGGACCACUUCAAAGAGUCUCAGUUACAGAACACCGUUAUUGAUGUGACCCUUGCCCCGAGAUAUGCGAUACAACGUAUGUCGGAUGAGAGGAAGAGAGAACUAGUGUCAACUAUUCUUGAAGUCGCGGAUCCAAAUUUAGAAGACAACAACGAAGAACUACAAAUCACGGCCCAUUUUAUGAAUGAACGCGUCAAGGAACUUACAGACUGUGGGGAUUCUAUCAGCUCUAAACACACAGAAAAGUCUCCAGGAGCAAACCCAGUUUGUUUGUCAAUAGAAUCAGAAGAAUUUUCACUAUUUACACCAAACGCACAUGAAAUGAAAAAACAAAAUCAUGAGCCCUACUUUACAAGGAAAUACAGCAAGGCUUCAUCAAAAACUCAUCAACUUCUCCACAGAGAAAAGGAACCUGUCAAAACGAAUUCCAAUUUCUUAGUUAAUAUUUGGUGUGUUCAAAUGAUCAUACUUGUAGGACUUUUCACUCUCACCCUCUUUUUGCUGAACUUUGCUAACAUCCAAACGACGAACCAUACAUCAUCUCAGACACCGACACCAUGCACUGGUAGUCAAAACAUCUCAUUCCUAAAAGAUGUAUGGCCCACAGAUAGAAAACUGGCCAUAAGAAACCGUUUUGAUAUAGAAGCGUUGCCGAGUAGCAAGAACAAAAGUGCGAUAUUUCAUCUAGAUUUGAGUUGCAUCAACAUUUCCUUCAUAAACCUUUCAAUAUUUCAUGACUUUUCCCGGCUUAGCCAUUUAAAUUUGUCCAAAAAUUCCAUGCAUCAAGUCGUUGGGUUGGAUCUUGUUCCGUCGCUUCAAUUUUUAGACUUGUCUAGCAACAGUCUCAAACGGAUAAGCGACCUGCAAACCUUAUCGACAUCUUCCAUCACAGUAUUAGAUUUGAAGAACAAUUAUAUUUCAUCCUUGAAUUCAACAGAUCUUUCAAGAUUUCCAGCUAUUUUAUUUGUAGAUAUCUCGAACAACCCAAUUAAGGAAUUUGGUUUAUUUCCGACAUUGUCUUGCUGUGAUAUACAAUCGUUGAAUUAUAGCUGUGUAGUACAGUACAAUUCCGUAGCUAUUAUAACAGAUAGCUUUAAGGGGGACCACAAACAAGUGAGUACGAAUUAUCAUGUGUUAACCUCCCUUCCACAACAAAAAGCUCGUGUUGACAACACAAUACAUAUAUAAAGAGAGAUAACCAAGUUCCUUGUGUAUGAAGAAUUAUCGCACUGUUGCUACCUCAUGUCGGACUAAAAUUAUGUAUUUUAUUUUGGUUCCAAGAACAAAUGUUUUUUUUAAACCUGAAAUAGUUAUAUAUUUACAUGCUGUGUCAAUUAUACUUUUUUACUAAAUAAAAAUCAAAAUAUG